AUACAGGAAUGUGCAGAGAAUAAACCUGUAUUUGAGGAUACUGAUUUUCUUACUGAGCUAAUUAUUAAACAUGAAAACGAAGAUAUAGGUAAUUCAAUAAUUCAUCAGUAUCCAAUUUAUAAGGUCUUAUAUGCUGCAACAUAUAUAAAGAUGAUAUAAAGAAGGAAAUUACAGGAAUACAAGGAUCCGCUGCAAUCUAAACCAAGGAGGAUCAGGAUAAUUCAGGGCAGAUAUCCAUGUUCUCAAUGCUAAUUAUGUGCAACAACAACAUGGAAUCUGAAGAAAGAUGUUGAAAAUAUACACGAAGGAGUGAGAUAUCCUUGUUUUAAAUGUCAGUAUAUAGCAACUCAUGCAGGUCAUCUGAAGAUUCUUGUUGACAAAUUUAUGAAGGAAUGAGGUAUCCUUGUCCUGAAUGUGAGUUUGUUGCAACUAGAGCAGACACUUUGAAGAGACAAAUUGAAAGGAAACAAAAAGGAGUGGGAUAUCUUUGUUCUCCAAGUGACUAUGUUGCAACAAGAUCAAGCUACUUAAAGAGUCACAUCGAAAGUAGCAUGAAGGAUCCAGAUAUCCUUGUACGGAAUGUAAGUUUUUUGCAACUAGAGCAGACACUCUAAAGAUACGUGUUGAAAAUAAACAUUAAGGUGUUAGAUAUCCUUAUUUGCAAUGUGAAUAUGCGGCAACUGAAGCAAAUGAUCUGAAAAAACAUGUUGAACGUAUACACGAAGGAGUGGGGUUCCUUGUUCUCAAUGAGAGCAUGUUGCAAAAAGAGCAAGUCCCUUAAAUAGUCAUAUCAAAAUUAAACAUGAGAGAGUCCGAUAUCCCUGCACUGAAUGUAGGCAACUACAGCAAGGGUUCUGAAGAGUCAUGUUGAAGUUAAACACAAAGUAGUGAGAUAUCCUUGUCCCGAUUGUGAAUUCGCGGCAACUACAGAAUUGAAUCUGAAAAGUCGUGCUGAAAAUAAACACAAAGGAGUGAGAUAUCCCUGUCCCCAGUGUGAAUAUGCUGCAAGUAGGGCAAGUCUCUUAAAGAUUCAUACUGGAAGUAAUCACGAUGGAGUCCUUGUUCUUAAUGUGAUUAUUCUGCAACUACAACAAGGAAUCUAAAGAGACAUAUUGAAAGUAAGCACAGAGGAGUGAGCUAUUCAUUUUAUCAAUGGGAGCAUGUUGCAACUAGAUUAAGUGUCUUGAAGAGUCAUAUCGAAAGUAAACACGAAUGAGUGAGCUAUCCUUGUUAUCAAUGUGAAUAUUUUGCAACAAGAGUAAGUCACUUGAAGAGUCAUAUUAAAGUAAACAUGAAGGAGUCAGAUAGCCCUGUCCUAAAUGUGAGUUUGUAACUAGAUCAAGUUAUCUUAAGAAGCACAUAGAAAAUCAACACAAACGAGUGAGAUAUUAUUGAGUCUUUUUUAACUUUAUUAAUUAUUCCGAGCAGACAGAUCAGAAAUAAACAUGUGUGUUAUAUAUUGCUAUUUGCAAAAUUAAUUUGAGAACUAACUAAUUCAUUUAUUGUUUUUUUUUUCUCCAUAACAAUUGUUGUAUUUUUUUGUAUUCCCACUUAAUGAUUUAAACAACCUAUUUAGCCAAACAUGAAAAAUUUAAAUUUCCCGCGAAAAUCAGAUCUUUCAUUUUAAAAUAUUUUAGAAAUGCUAGAAUUAUUAACGUGAACCUCUGAACAACGCCCGACUUUUAUAUUUUAAAAUGCUUGUUCAAUUUAUAGCUUAGGAAAAUAAAAGUUGCAAGGUUGGGCAUGAAAAAGUCUUAAUUUCCUUCAAGUGAUUUGAUUUGUUUAUUUAAACUAAUUUGAACUAAUUCAAUACGUACGAACACUGAACAGCAAGAAAUCCUGCCAUUUUUUUUAGAUCUUUUGGAAUGUUUAAUUUAUUUUUCAGAUAGAAUGGCGGAGAUUAUAAAGGAAGAAGUAGAUUUCAAGGAAUCUGAGAUGACUUCUAUUAUAGAGGAAACAUGUUUUGUGAAUAUACCUGAAGAUGACAUAAAGCUGGAAAAUGCAGAUAUAAAAGAAGAAAACCUGGAAUACAAAUUAGAAUUUCUGAAAUCUGAACCAAAGAGAAUCAGGAAAAGUCAAAACAGUUAUCCGUGUUCCCAAUGUAAAUAUUUUGCAACAACAACAAGGAAUUUGAAGAGACAUGUUGAACAUAAACACGAAGGAAGGAGAUAUCCUUGCCAUACGUGUGAGUAUAUUGCAACUCAAGCCUGCCAUCUAAAGAAACAUAUUGAAAAUAAACAUGAAGGAGUGAGAUAUCCUUGUUCUCAAUGUGAGUAUAUUGCAAAUCAAGCAAGUAAUUUGAAGAUUCAUAUUGAAAUUAAACAUGAAGGAGUGAGACAUACUUGUUCUCAAUGUGAGCAUAUUGCAACAAGAGCAAGUCACUUAAAGAGACAUAUUGAAAGUAAACAUGAAGGAUUAAGAUAUCCUUGUUUGCAAUGUGAAUAUGCGGCAACUUCAGCAAGUGAUUUAAAAAAACACGUUGAAAGUAAACAUAAAGGAGUGAGAUAUCCUUGUCCCGAUUGUGAGUUUGCUGCAUCCUCAACUUGUGCUCUAAAGAGACAUGUAGAAAGUUACCAUAAAGAAUUGAGAUAUCUAUGUUCGCUUUGUGGGUAUACUGCAACACAAGCAAAGUAUCUGAAAAGACAUGUUAAGAAUAAGCAUGAGCGUUAGUUAACUUUGUUUUUAAAAGUUAAUUUGUUUUUAAAAUUAUACAAAUGUAAUGAUAAAGUUAAAUGUGUUUCUUAGUUUUGUAUAUAUCACAUACCCUGAUGUCAAUAUUUUACAAACUCUAUUUUUCUCUUUAAUGUGAGAAAAUUUUUUGUUUAGAUAUUUUUUUAAUUGCAAUUUUUAAGUCUUUGGUCAUGACUAGGAUUUCAAAGCUACGUAUUAAAUAUUUGUUUUGUACUACAGUGCACAAAUGUUAAUUACUUUUUCAGCAUUUUACCUUGCCUUCACUGGUUUUUGUUCUGCUAAAUAAAGCUUAAAAAACAGCCUGAAUGUUUUGUAAUAUGACAUCUAAAUCUCCAAGUUUUUGUGACAUAAAAUUACUAUUGUUGAUAAUCUGUUAUAUUUUAACUAUUUCUAUUUUACGCAGAAUGUAUUUUAAGAUAGACUGGCAAAGCUGAUUAAAGUAGAAUUAAAAGAAUUAUAUAUUGAAGAGUUUCAGGACUGUGGAUACAUGUACUGUUAAUCUACACAACGAUAGGAAAUACAGAAAUACAAGCUAAACCUAAUAAUUUUACUUUUUCAUACCCUAGAAACCAGCGACGUCGCGCGACCAGUCCCAUUAGGUCGAGAAAGGUCGGGUUACGCCAGAUUACCAAACUGGUCGCAAUAUGACGAGUCCCCUUAGGUCGUGUUAGGUCAGGUUCGGUCGGGUUACGUCAGAUUACCAAACUGGUCGGAACAUGACCAGUCCCCCUAGGUCGUGUUUGGUCGGGUUAGGUCGAAUAACCUAACUGGUCUCAUACUGUUCUUAACCUGACUAAUCCACUUAGGUCGGAUUUGGUCGAGAUUGGUUGAGUUAAGUCAGGAGAUAUAACUGGUCGGAACAUUACCAGUCCGAA